AUGAAUAUAGGUUUACUAUCAUGGUGUAAAAUAUUAUCGCUAGUACUACUCUGCCGACUAUACGUAGUCGCUUGUGACCACUCCGGUAGUGCUCUACAUAGCAGCCAUAGUCAAAGCAAUUCUGCGGAAACAGACGUGGAAUUCGAUACACAACGAGGUAAAAAAUAUACCAAAAAGGUGAAAAAACCACCGGACAAAAUAUCACGUAGUUCCGACGACGGUUUUCAAGAUCCGUUUUUACGCUUGUUUGUUCUAGAUAUCUCAAACACGAACGACACAGAAUACACGAAGUACAAGUACAAAGAUGAUCACCACGUCUUCAUCGCAAAGGGACCCUUUUUAGUUAUGGCCAUAAGAAGGGGAUUCACUUUUUUAUGGGAGCCAACCACGAGCAGAUACCCUAACGUAGUUGUUUUAUACCCUAAAGAAAACGAAAAAAGGAUCAUGAGGCUAUUCUACCCUGGAGAAAACUCAGGAUUUACAGAUCCUGAGGUUCAACCGAAGCCAGUGAAGCCACAGCUCCUCAGAGGUUUCGUUGAGCAGAAGAAACAAAUGAAAAGAUACAGUGUUCAGACCGUCAGCGUGGACGGUCCGAAAUCUAGUUUGAAGACCAAGAAGGUUGCACGCCACGAGGAUGACGGAGUCUAUGAAAGUGACCCUGAACCGGCCACAGACAUUGAAUUACAACUCACAGAUGAGCCCAAUCCUCAAGGAUAUCAGAAUGUUCAGCCUCAACUUCGCCAACUAUCUCACCCGAUCGCAAAGUUUCCACCUCCUGAACCACUACCUCCACGUUACCAGCAACCACAGUUCCAGGCACCCUUCGUACCAUCACCAUCUUUGCAGGUUCAGCCACAACUGUCUCUCUUCCCACCACAACCUUUAUCGAACAUAUUUGUUCACCUCAACAUCAACGACAGAAGGAGCACCAAUAUUCUACACUAUUAUAGGGACUAUAACGACAAUGCAGAAGUGUUUAGCCUCGAACACCCGUACGUUUUUGACUUGGUGGUUAGGGGUAAUGAGUUGAUUUGGGACCCUGACGGAAAAUACCCCUAUGAGGUUAGAGUGUUCCACCUAGCCAACGGGGGGGUCAGUUUGAGGGCAUUCUUUCCGUUUGAUGAGCCUAAAAUCACACCACAAGGCCCGCACCAUCCACAGUCUCCGCACCCUCUACAUCAUGUUAAACAGAAUUUCAAACAAGUACCACAAAUACCUCCUGAACAAUUACCUACAAUACCACAAUUUCAAGAAGCACCUCAAGUGCCACCAGAACAUUUGCCCGUAGUGCCUGAAAUACAUGAACCACCCAAAGUUCCACCCGAACUAUUGCCAGUAGUUCCUGAAAUUCAAGAAGCACCACAGGAAAAACCCGACCCUCAUAAGCUUAUCCCCGAAGAAUACAAACUCCUUGAUCCACAGCCUCAGCAUGUUGCUCAACCAGUUCCACAAUCUGUUGAGACAUCAGAAAAAUCUUUGAUGAAGAAGGAUGGCAUGUUAGUUAUGCUCGAUAUUAACGAUAAGUGGUCCGACGAGUAUGUUGAGUACAUAUGGGAUGAUGCAAUGAAGGCGGACGUGUUUGUUGCUAGACAACCCUAUUUACUCGGCACAAUAGUUUAUGGUAAUGAUGUAUUGUGGAGAAAGAGGGACGGCAAUUAUCCUUAUGCAGUCUCUAUUGCAAAAGGGUCUAAUGGACUGCCGCUCAUGAGAGUGUAUUUUCCUGGUGCACAACCCGCAUGUACCCAGCCAUCUAAGACAAUUCAUGGUAACUUGGUGAAGCUCGAUAUAAAUGAUAAGUGGACCGAUGAAUACGUUGAGUACAUAUGGGUUCAAUCUAGGAACGCAGAUGUGUUUGUUGCUAGGCCUCAGUAUUUGCUAGGCACAAUUGUGGACCGAAAUAAAGUAUUGUGGAGAAAGAGUGAAGGGAAUUAUCCGUAUGCUGUAGCCAUUUUUAAUCCUGGAACUGAUCAAUCAUUUUUAAGAAUGUACUUUUCUGGGCCCAAAUAUCAACCACAAGCUCAGCAAGGACCUCAAACGCCCAAAAUUGCUGCAAAUGACCAACUAGACAGCAAAAUACAGGUGUUCGAUCAACAAGUGCAGGCUUAG